CAUAUAGCAAAGAAUUGAAGAAAAAAAACACAAAGGAAAAGAAUAGUGUGAGAGUCUGCUGGGUGCUGACAAAGCUCAUCGGAGAUCUAUUAGGUUUUACGCGUAAAAACCCUAACUCAAAAUAUCUCGUACUCUUAGGGAUUCCAUCUCUUUCCCCUGUAUCUUUGCUUUUUUUAGGGGCCCAAAUGGCAGACAAUCAAGAAAUAAAGGAUGCACCAUCUGAAGCAAAGUCUGUCAAAGCAUCUCAAAAGGAGCAAGAAACUCGUGAUGAAAUGCUUUCUAGGCACAGGAAAGAGAUAUCACAGCUUCAGAACAAGGAAACUGAACUGAAGAAAGCAGCAGCCAGGGGUAGCAAGGCUGAACAGAAAGCUAAGAAGAAGCAGGUGGAAGAGGAGAUAUCUCAACUCUCUGCAAAGCUUAAAGAGAAGCAUGCUAAAGAACUUGCUUCAUUAGGUUAUAGCAGUAGUAAUGAAAAUGAGAAAACCAAUCUUGACAAUUUGGUGAAGGCCAUUGCUGGAGUUUCUGUCACCAACCAACCUGACCAUUCUAAGCCCAGCAAGGGUGCUAAAAGGAGAGAGAAAAGAGCUCAGCAAGAAGCAGCUAGAGAACAAAGAAUUCAAGAAGAGCAGAGUAACAUUGUAAGUGACCGAAUGAUUGAAGACAAGAAAUUGGAAAAAAAGCUUGAACCCCUUGGAUUGACUGUUAAUGAAAUUAAGCCAGAUGGACACUGUCUCUAUCGAGCUGUUGAGGAUCAGCUGGCCCAUCUUUCAGGAGGUUCUUCUCCUUACACUUACCAAGUACUUCGGGAAAUGGUAGCUGCUUAUAUGAUGGACCAUGCAUCUGAUUUCUUACCGUUCUACCUGUCGGAAAAUAUGUUGGAUGAAGAUUCUGAUAAUUCACCAGGGGAGAGAUUUGAGAAUUACUGUAAAGAAGUUGAGUCAACAGCUGCAUGGGGAGGGGAGCUAGAGCUCAGAGCCUUAACUCACUGUCUGAGAAAGCAUAUCAGGAUAUUUUCAGGAUCGUUCCCUGAUGUGGAAAUGGGGAAGGAGUACAAAUCUGAUGGUGGGUCGGAUUUGUCUAGUGCAAGUAUUAUGCUGUCAUAUCAUAAGCAUGCAUUUGGUCUUGGUGAGCAUUAUAAUUCUGUGGUCCAAAAUUCGAUCAGAUAGGUGUUUCUCACUUUAUUUGUGAAAAGUUACUUUUUUGGUGAACAUUCUACUUUUGUAAUGUCAUAGAGAACGUGCUUGAGCUCCAUGUUAAAUCUUAAUUUUAGUUAUCCGAAAUGGUAACAUUAUUGUUUGUGUUGUUGAAAUUUUGCAUGAUAUGCUAGUACUGUUAAUUCAUUGGAGAUGAAUAUUCAGUUGUGUAUGUAUAUUUUUUCA